AAGGCGGCCGUAAUUAAAUCCUCUCUCGUAUGAUCAGCGAUUGCUUGAACUCUGCUAUGAAUAUCAUUGUAAUAGGAUAGUGCUAAUAGCGAACGUACCGGCCAGCAGACCCGCAGUAAACACAGAUAUUUUGAUUCUACACACAGGGUCAGGGGUGAAAACUCGCUGUUUCUCUGCUGGUGACCAGCUAAUGAAUAGUCUGUCACCCCCGCAUUAGUUGUAUUAAACUGUAGAGGUCAUCUAAAAGUAUUAAGCAGUCUACAGUUUUUAUAUUUUCUACAAUUCUCCUAGGCAGAUAACAAAAUUAUAUCUCUCUCCAUUCUUUACUUCAGUUAUAACAGCGCUUAAAAGAGUCUAUUAAGGUUCGAUAAUAAUGCACAUUGUGCCGUUGUGUUCAGAAGCUCCAGCCCCAGAAGACCUGGGAGCUGUGCAUCUAGCGUGACGGCACUAUUCCACGGAAUUGGACACCUUAAUAUCUUUAUUUGUUCUUCGUAAAAUGUGUCUGAAUCAGGCGCUCUCUCGUGGGUUUUGCCCCCGUUUCUUAAAGGUAGCAAUGCCGACGGGAUAAAAAGGACACCCCUGCGCCUUUAAACCCUGUAGUUCCACUUUACAGCGCUGGAGGGAGAGAGUAUCGGAGAUCGUGAUGGGCACGGCACAGUAAGACUGUACUCCUGCAAUUACUUCUGUGUUUGGUCAUUUUCUACACUGUCUACUACAUGAUCGGCAGCGUCUGUUUCGGUAUUUUCAAGCUCGACCAUUUCGAUGGACUCAUUCCGUUUGACUUCAAGACCGAGCCCUCGGAGUCCAGCUCUAAAUAUCUGGUGAACCUGCUGUCCAUGGAGCUCACCUACUUCAGCAGUGGGCUGCUGUUUGCCGCCGUGGUGAAGAGAUGGGUGUGGGACUACGCCUUCACUGUCACUCUGAUCCACAUUGCCCUGACGUCUGUAGUUAUGUUAGAGUUUCCUCUCGUGUGGCAGUGGUGGCUAGCACUAGGGAGCGGUUUGUUUCUCAUGAUCUGCAACGGCCAGCUGAUCGCUUACUUCGCCUGCCAGAAUGACCACCGGUAUCCUGCAUUUCACAGCUACUGACCCCAGGACAUGGUCAGCAGACAAGCUUGACCUUUCUGGGAACUAAACAGUGGUUUUCCAGAGGUUGGCGUUAGCAGCAGGCCCUCCUUGAUGCUGCUGCUGUGCGCUGCUGAUGCGCUCAUGAAUUCCAAACACUUUGAACACGUUGCACGUGCACAACGGGGAAAGGGAGGAACGCCCUGGAAACUGAUAGCGUGAGAGCAGCCCCCUUAUAAAGAUGUACUGUGUCAUACGACGGCAAACAGCAAAAGCACAGCCAAGUGUAAUAAAGCACAGUGAUGUAGUGUUAAAAGCACAGGAAAGCCUACCGAGGUAAGAUGAAUAUUAGAAAAACCCCAAUAUUCACAAAGUACAUCCAGGUGUUAACUAUAGGAUUAAGUCUCUUUGUGCAACACAUUUCAGCACUGUGCCCUAGAGAAUGGGGAAGAGAGUGGGCUGACUGCAUGUUUCUCAAAACAUCUCAAACCUGCUUAACCUGGGGAGAUUAGUCAAAGAUGUCUCCAGUUUUUUGACAGUCUUCUGCAUGUGAUUCCUGUGGCUCUCAUAGUUCUUCACAUUUGACAGUUCUUCCUUAUGUGGAAUUCAUCUGCAGUUCCCCAUACCUUGGACACCUUAUGAUGAAAAACAUUCUAGAAAUGCAAUUAUUGUAUUUAAAAGACAAAUGAACACAUUUUUAUUUAAAAACUAAGAAUUCAAAUAAAGAAAGUUAUCUAGUGAUGUAUUUAUAUGGAUUAAUAAAGGUGGAUUUCCUUGA